UUCUCCCGUUCGGAGCGCAGUGCCACCGAGCAUGCCGCAGAAAGCCCCCCUGCAGCCGAAGCCCAGGGGAGUUUUCCAGUGAGUCCGGCUCCUGMAAAGCCAGAGUUGCGCCUUCCCACCCCGGCCUUGGGAAGUGCCUCCGGCAGCGAAUUUCCCCGCGCCCGGCGGGUGUCGAGGUCCCGGAGUGCAGGAACGAGGAGGGGGCUGCCAUGGAAGAGAAUGUGUUCAGCGUGCAGCAGAUCCAGCCCAACGUCAUCUCGGUGAGGCUCUUCAAGCGCAAGGUGGGCGGCCUCGGCUUUCUGGUGAAGGAGCGCGUCAGCAAACCRCCCGUCAUCAUCUCCGACCUGAUCCGGGGCGGGGCUGCCGAGCAGAGUGGCCUCAUCCAGGCCGGGGACAUCAUUUUAGCCGUCAAUGGCAGGCCCCUGGUGGACACSAGCUAUGAGGCGGCGCUGGAGAUCCUGAGAAGCAUCGCCUCCGAGACCUACGUGGUUCUCAUCCUGCGGGGCCCCGAGGGCUUCACCACUCACCUGGAGACCACCUUUGCCGGCGACGGGACRCCCAAAACCGUCCGUGUCACCAGACCCCUGUGCCCGGCGCCCAAGGCGGUUGACUUGUCCAACCCGAGCRUUCCCGGCAAGGAGCAGCCGCUGCCGGCAGCCAUGGGCUCCCUGUGGACCAGGGAAAUCGGGAAGGAGGUGGAGCCGCUGGUCCACGUUAACGGCGUCGUUGCCGGAGGCAAAGGGCCGGACGGCGGGAAGGGCAAGGACGGGGCUUGCGGUCACUCCUGCCUCAACGGCGGCGUGGAGGACAAUGAGCUGCUCAAAGAAAUCGAGCCCGUCCUGCACCUCCUGAAGGGCGGCAGUAAGGACGGCGAUGGAGAUGCGCCCUCCAAGGUAGAGACACGGGAUAUAGAAGUCCAGGUGGACUGGUAG